GAUGAUGAUGAUGAUGAUGAUGAUGAUGAUGAUGAUGAUGACGAUGAUGAUGAUGAUGAUGAUGAUGGUGAUGAUGAUGAUGAUGAUGAUGAUGAUGAUGAUGAUGAUGAUGAUGAUGAUGAUGAUGGUGACUCGGUCGGCAUGGAACCUGAUGUCAACAUUGCUCUUGAAGAACGUAAACCUAGCUCUGGAUAUCCGUGUACCUCUGCGGAAGACAUAAAACCUGGACUGCAUAGUGAGGAAAAUGAUGAGGCAAAAGAAAAAAGCCUUUCCAUGUUUCCUCAAAAUCACGCUACCAUUAAAAUGGAACCCUUUAUUAAAGAAGAACACUGUACUGAAUCAGCUUGUAAUGCACUGGUCAGGGGGAAUUUUCAAAAUGUUGAAUCAACAGCUGAAAGUGGAUGCGUUGUGGUCGUAAAAGAUGAGCCUAUCUGUUUGGAUGAUGAUGAUGAUGAUGAUGAUGAAGAGAUAUCGCCUGUUUUAAAACAAGAGUGUUGUACCGAUGUUGUGAAAACGGAAACUCGGUGUGGAUAUUUCGGGGAUGUCGGUGAUGAUAAUGUGAAACCAAAAGUGGAGAGUUUUGUGAAACAGGAGGGGUCAGAAUGGGGUGGUCCUCAUUUCACAGCUGAGGUUGGAAAGAAAGAAGGACAAAUAAAAGAUGGGGAGGAGGAGGAGAUAAUGUGUUCUGAGCCAACAUUUAUCGAGGACAGCACCAGUCCUGUUGGAGGACUACAACUGCGAAUCUCCAACGUGAGGAGUUUGUGUUUGGAGCCGGAUUCAGACCCACAGCCUAAUGUUGUUGUUGCUGCCAGCAGUUCAGCAUCAACUUUGUCUGCAGAUCAAGCUCUUCUUCUGGACUGCAGUGUCUCUAAUUCUAGAUCUGCACCCAUGGGCAUCUGGGAUCAGAAUGAAAGUCACUCCUCCGACUGUAACAGUCAACUGACCACCGGUCACCCAACAACAGGAGCAGAUGUCGGGGAGCUGAGAGGAUGUGACGAUACACCUGAUUCCUAUUUUGCGGCAGAACAAGGAGGGAUCCAUCAAAGAAAUGUGGACGGUGAACUGAUAAACACUGUCUGUAGUGCUGACCUAAAGAGGAACAUAAAGAUAAGCUCAGGAGAAAAGCCUUACACGUGUGUAGUGUGUUAUGCAACGUUUGCUCACAGGGCCAGCUUAAAGCAUCACGAAAGAACACACACUGGAGAAAAGCCUCACACGUGUGAUGCUUGUGGUGCUGCUUUUGCACUCUCUUACCACCUGAAAAAUCACAAAAAGACACACACAAGAGAAAAACCUUACACGUGUGAACUUUGUGGUGCGGCAUUUGCACAAAGUGGCACCCUUAAAAAUCACAAAAGAACACAUGAUAGGGGAGAAAAACUUAACAAGUGCGACGUUUGUGGUGCAGAUUUUGCUAAUAUUGGCCGGCUAAAAAUUCAUAAAAGAAAACACUCUGGAGAAAAACCUCACAAAUGUGAUAUAUGUGGUGUAGCGUUUGCAUUCAGCCAUGGCCUCAAAACUCACAAAAGAACGCAUUCGGGGGAAAAACCUUACAGUUGCGAUACUUGUGGAGCAGCGUUUGCACACAGCAGCAGCCUAAAGGGUCACGAAAGAACCCACUCAGGGGAAAAACCUUACAAGUGUGACGUUUGUAAUGCGGCAUUUUCACUCCUGGGUAACCUAAAGACACACAAACGAACGCACUCCGGGGAAAAGCCUUAUAGUUGUGAGGUUUGUGGUGACAGUUUUGUGAACAAUAACGGCCUGAAGAUUCACCGUCGAGCGCAUACAGGGGAAGAGGCGUUCAAGUGUAAGGUUUGUGGUGUAGCAUUUGCCCGGAAAAGUCACCUAAAUAAUCAUGAAAAAACACACACGGGUGAAAAACCGUACAUGUGUGAGGUUUGCGGUGAACAUUUUACGCGGCAAGGCUACCUGAAGGUGCACAAACGAACACACACCGGGGAAAGACCGUUCAAGUGUGAAGAUUGCGGUGCAACGUUUGCUGUGAAAGGCCACUUGAAGCGCCAUGAGCUAACGCACCGAGGGGAAAAGCCAUAUGCGUGUGAAGUCUGCACGGCUGCGUUUUCACAAGUUCAUCAUCUGAAGCGUCACAAAAGAACUCACACAGGAGAAAAGCCUGACAAGUAGUGUGAUAUUUGUGGUGUAGCGUGUUUACAAAGUAGAUCGAGAAACUUUAAUUUAAAAAAAAUUAAUUAAUUAAUUUUUUUACAUUUAUUAUUUGCGU